AUGAAUAUUCAAAAUAGUCUGCGACUAAACAUUCAAAAUAACACCUUUUCUCUUCCAAAGCCUAAGCUCCGGGGAAAGAUUCACUGUGCUGCUUUUUUACUUACUUGCUUUGGUCUCCUUCUCUUUCUUCUGUCUUCCUACCUCUACCAAUUCAACCUGGGGAUUCUUAUUUAUUUGAUAAGCCAGAUGCUUCAGUUUGGGGUAAGUAGCUUUUAUCACAUCCCAGAUUGGAACCCAAAAACCAAACUUUUUCUCAGAUACCUGGACCAUUCCUGUAUAUUUCUUUUAAUAAGUGGGACACAGACGUCCGUUCUUCUGAAUAACAUUCCAAAGACCGAAAUGAGUUUUGCUUUGAUGGCAAUAAAGCUUUCCUGGGGGAUAUCAUUAAUAGGAAUAUCAAGGUUCCUCGUAUUUAGUAGGCUCUAUGACAUAUUUGAUCUGAUCUGCUAUAUCUGUCAUGGUCUUAUUAUUCUUCCUUUUAUCAAGCUGAUGGCGCAUUUUGAUACAUUUGAAUUGAUCUUUGUAUGUCUAGGUGGAAUUUUCUACAUUGUUGGUGGUAUUGUCUACGGAAUGGAAAGACCCAACCCAGUUCCUGAAUUAAUUGGAUACCAUGAAAUUUUCCAUAUUUUCACUCUUCUUGCCAAUACUUGUUUUGCUAUUGUAAUUACAAAGGAUUACGUUUAUUCAGUAAUCUUUGAGAAAAUUAAAUGA